AUGCGUUACGUCGUUUAUAUUGUGGCCUUGGUCACCAAGCUGGCUCUGGCCAUUCCACAGGUCGAUUCAAGCCAGUUGAGUGCUCUUCCCCCUUGUGCUCGCGAUGCCGCAGCUGCCGCACUGGGCUCGUCUGGCUGUGCUCUGAGCGACACGACUUGCAUCUGCAACUCGAAAGCAUUCCAGGACGCUAUCACCACCACAAUCCUACAAUCCUGUUCUGCAGGUGACGUCCAAGCUGCAGUGGCUUUUGGUCAGACUAUUUGCGGUAACGCUCUAGGUGCCGCUGCUCCAACCACAAGCGACUCAUCGUACACUGCUCCCACCAGCGACGCAGAUGCAGGGGCUGUUUCGACCACUACUGUGCCUACCACUGAGACGUCCACUACGAGUGUUCCCGUGGACACCGCAAGUGCUCCGAUCACGACAUCUGUGUCGACUGUCCCAACGACUAUGGCGACCAUGUGGAACACAUCCUGCACGACCACGGGCACGGUCCCAACGGCGCCUGGGUCGGCACCAUCCACGUAUACUGGUGCUGCGGUGGAGACGAAGCUUGGACAGGGCAUUCUGGCCGUACUGGUUGGUGUUGCCGGUGCUGUUGCGCUUGUCUAG